CUUCAUCUCUCUGCUGUGAAACUGGCUGAGUUGCACAGUGAUCUAAAAAUACAAGAAAAGGAUGAGCUAAGCUGGAAAAAACUGAAGGCUGAAGGGCUAGAUGAAGAUGGAGAGAAAGAAGCCAAACUUAGACGCAACUUAAAUGUCAUUAUGACUAAAUAUGGAAUGAAUGGAAGGAAAGACUCUCAACUAGUUGAUACCAACUACAUUAAAGAUGGUACAGAAAGCGAUACGCUAGAUGAUCCAAGACUGGAAAAAUUAUGGAGUAAGGCCAAGACCUCUGGGAAGUUCUCUGAUGAGGAGUUGGAUAAGCUUUGGCGAGAAUUUAAACAUCACAAAGAAAAGAUUCAUGAAUACAAUAUUCUGCUGGAGACUGUGAGCAGAACAGAAGAUAUCCACAAAAAUGUUAUCAACCCAUCUGAAGAGAACCUGGUGAAAGAGGAGAUCUUGCACAACAAACACAGAGAACUCAAAGACAAGCUAAGAAGCAUCAAUCAGGGGUUUGAGCGUUUGCGUAAAGUCAGUCACCAGGGAUAUGAUGCAACCAGUGAAUUUGAAGAACCAAGAGUGAUUGACUUGUGGGACAUGGCCAAAUCAGCCAAUUUCACUGAGAAAGAACUUGAAUCUUUUCGGGAGGAGCUGAAACACUUUGAAGCAAAAAUUGAAAAACACCAUCACUAUCAGAAACAAUUGGAGAUUUCGCACCAGAAACUGAAGCAUGUAGAGGGAACUGGAGAUAAGGAUCAUCUGAACAGAAACAAAGAGAAAUACGCCAUGCUGGAAGAAAAGACAAAAGAGCUAGGCUAUAAGGUGAAGAAGCACUUGCAAGACUUAUCCAGCAGAAUCUCUCAAGGUCUUCAACACAAUGAACUAUAAAACCUCUUCAUGGGAUCAAUCUAUUAACAAGUAAUGUGGGUUUUGGACUUGGAUUUACCAAGGACUCCUUUUGAAAUAGUAAAGGAUUGAACAGAGUUGUCCUGUAAGAAAAAAAUUUUUUGGCCCACUUAAUUGCCAGUUUUGUAUUUGCACUGCCAAUCAAAUGAAGUUAUUAGAUUAUGAAUUUCAGUUGCACAUCUCGAAUCAUAUAAAUCUGACAUCUGAAUCAAGUAACAGCCUUUGAAAU